GCGGCAGGGAGCGACCCGUCCCGGUGAAUUCUCCAUGGAGAGACUCGUCCUGUGAUCCAUCCACGGGACAGAGACUCGGGAACAGAAGCCGAAGCUGAAACCGAGGCGCCGGACACGGUGCUGACCGCCGCUGAGCUCCUGUCCCCGGUCUGGACCGGUGGGAGGUAACGGCCCCGGAGAUAGCACCGUUAGCAAGCUAGCCAAAGAAAACCAGCAGCACUUCCGGGUUGGAUUGUCAAACAGUAAACACGCCUCCACCGGGAACUGUAUUCUAAUAGUUGAUGUUUCUGUGGAAAUGCAUCUGAAUCCCCCACAAACACAGACGUGACGUGAUCAUGAGUUUGACCUGUGUGCUAACCUUGAAAAUACGCAACUCCGACCAACAGGAUGCCUUUAUUCUGAAGUUCAUCCGACCGUGUUUCCGUUCUGAGUGGCUGCUAAACUCCCGCUAUCUUGACCCAGAGAAGAAGAAGAGGUGAAGUUGAGAGGGCUCGAACCAAAACAAGACUUCUCAUCUGGAGAGGGACAUCGGCGCCUCGUCAUGAAUGGAACCUGACUCGUCUCCUCGCGUGGUCUCUGGGUCGAACGCCCAUUAAACCGGAGCCACCGCUGUUACCGUGACAUCGGAGCCCCGGUUUAAAACACGAUUUGCCAUCAAAGAUAAAAAAUGAACUGUCCGUCACCGACGAAUGAAGCGAAGCUCUCGUAGCGGGAGGAGGAUUCCCUGCCCUGACUUUCCCUCCUCCUCCUCCUCCUGGGAUCAAUGACAGGACCCAACUCCCCGAGCCGGGCCGGCACUUCCUCGGCCAAACUGAGCAGGCACGGCCGGUCAAAGAGCUCGAGCUCGCACUGCCUCCUCCGCUGCAGCACCCAGGAGGAUUCCUCCGCCUCUCCCCCUAAUAACAGUUCCCGGUCCCCUGGGGAGGAAGAAGAGAAGGAUGGAGGAGUUCUUUUCUAUGUCAACCGGACUGGUUUCCCCAUCGAAAGCAUCACCUGGGAGAGGAUGUGGUCCCAUGUGGCUGCGGUGCACCCUGAUGGUCAGGAGAUGGUGGACAGGAUACAAAAUGCUGCAUAUCUUCCUAGGCAUCCUGUUCCUUCAGUCCCGACCUUCAAACCGUCCAUGUCUGUCCCCGACUGGCUGGUGUCCGUCCAGAACUACAUGAAGGCCCUGCAAUACAACCACACAGGAACACAGUUCUUUGAAAUCAAGAAGAGCCGUCCCCUGUGCGGGUUAAUGGAGACAGCAAGAGAGAUGAUCAGGGAGUCUCUGCCAAUCAAAUGCCUUGAAGCCGUUAUCCUGGGAAUCUACCUGACCAACGGCCUGACGUCUCUGGAGCGUUUCCCCAUCAGCUUCAAGACUCAGUUCUCAGGCCACUGCUUCCACCACGUUGUACUGGGCGUCUACUGCAACGGUCGCUAUGGAUCGCUGGGCAUGAGCCGCCGCCAGGACCUGAUGGACAAACCGCUCACCCACCGGACGCUGGGGGAACUGGUGGCCGAGUUUGAGAGCUCCUACAAGAGAUACCAGCACACUCUGAAGAAGGUGAAGAUCGGCCUGUAUGUGCCUCACGACCCACACGUCUUCCAGCCAAUAGAAUGGAAGCAUUUGGUCCUGAACGCCGCCAGACUGGGAGCUCAGGAGAUGAGGAAGGAGCUGGAGAAACACGGUCGAGACAUGAGGAUGAAGAUCCUGAAAUCCUCCAGCGCCCAGUCACCAAUCAAAGAGCGGAGCCGGGGGAAGUCCUUAUCCCCACGGCGGAGGCAGAGCAGUCCCCAGCGGCGCUUCGCUCAGCGCAGAGACAAAUCGCCGGCCUGCGUGGAGAGGAAACCUCCGGAGCUCAGCACCCUCAGCGACGGCUACCAGAUCCGCAUCUGAGCCCCUCCGUCCCCGUCCACACGUCUCAACCUCCCCGAUCCUAAAGACUGUACCAGCCGGCGCUCUAGGUGGACGAGACACUGCAGCUCUGACACAGGUGGACGAUGAACACAAGUGCUUUCUGGACUUUCAGAGGAGGAACUUCUUUGAAGCUGCGACUCGGGGAGAAGAGAUGAUUUUAUAUGUCAAGAAGAGUUUGGUUGCCUGUUCCGUCCCCGUGGAUCCACGAGCAGCGGCAGCUUCUUCUUAUGUUUUUAAAAACUCAAACUCGGAUGUAGAAGUUCAGCAGAUGAAUUAUCUCAAAAUCAGCAACAUUUCAGUCCAGGAAUCGAAAGUUGAGAGCCUGAAAUCAAUAAAUCAUCGUAUCAUCUCUGUCGCCCCCUCAGAGGUCGAUAUUAUACGUUUUCCUCAAGCUGCCAUGUUGGAGGAGUCAACAAGAAGAUGUUCCGCUGCACGAAACUCAACUAAAACAGAUUAAUAGACUUAACUUAAUGUUAAAGGAGAAAAGAUCUUAUCUGUCCAUGUGCAGGUGCUUCACAUACCUCGAGAACCGUUCAUCUUAUCUCCAACAUGUCGGUGUUCAAAGAGGAAAGAUGAGGUUCCCACGUUACUCUGGCCUGUUCAUCUACUGCAGCACCUUGAUUAGUUGCACUUUGACUUUCUCAAAAGCUUUUCAAUCGUCCAUGGUUUGAAUAAGAUGAGUAAGUCGACUCCCACAUGCAGAUUUCCUUCGAUCGGAGUGGACGAGUUUAGAAUAAGGAACUCGUUCAAUAAGGACAAUCAAAGAGGCAGAGUCGAUAGAGUUUCAGGAAGAAGAAGAGAAGAGAGAGGAGAGGAUCAUUAGAGCACUGCGGCAAACCUCCCUCUCUCUCUCUCUCUCUCUCCCUCUCCCUCUCUCUCGCUUCCUCUUCUCAUCUGGAUACGUAACCACAGCUGGAAAAUAACAUGACUGAGAUUUGUCUUUUUUUGAAUCUCCACUAUGAAGAUUGUGAUUUAGAGUCGAAGGACUUGACCGUAAAUCUGCAGCACGAAGAUGAAAAUCAGCUGGUGAAUCAUCUCCGGUACCAAGUGGCCUGUGAGAGUUCGUUCAGUACAGUUCACACUUGUUAAUUUCGUAUAAAUCAAAAUCAAAUCUGAAUCAGUUUCUCUGGAUUCUCCUAUUGAGGCCUUUGAAGAAUCACAGCUCGAGUUCAGUUCGACAUUCACGGAUGAUUUUAACCCGUCUGACACAAACACAAAUAACACAAUACCACAUAUCAAAGAAGUGCUCAUCACACAACACAGAAGGCUGAAUUUAAAACAUACUCAUACUGUACUUGGACAUUUUAUUAUACUUUGUACUACAUACUGUAUUAUAUACAUAUGCAACGUUUACUUGUUUGUUUGAUCUGCAGAAUGUUCUGUAAAGUUUUCAGUCUGAGAACUGUCAGCUUCUAUUCAACAGAUCUAUACGACAGACGUGAGGGCUCCUUGAAGGUGAAGCCAAAGCUCUCGAUUGCCACCUGGUGGCUGGGUGCAUUAUAGUUCAAAACCCCCACCUCCUCCAUGUUAGCAGUGGGGCCAAGGUAGAAAUGUUGGCUUGACAACCACAUCUCCCACUGCUGUCCCCGGACCAGCUGUCCUCACAGAAUGAAGGGGCUAGAUGCCUUGCUCAUGGGCCUCUUCAGGGAAGCUAUGCCAACAUUUUAACUCCAGCAUAACUCAGUAGAGCUCAAACCUUCGCCAAGGCGCAACAGUCCAUUCAAUUAAAUUAAACUGCACCAACAUCCUGGAUCCGCCUCCUGAUCCAGAUCAGCACCAGAUUUUAAUUGGUUCUUUCCUGACUGACAUCAGAACCUGCCACCCAGUUUUGCCGAAAUCCAUUCUUUAGUUUUUGUGAAAUCUUGUUCACAAACGUACAAAUCGACAAACAGACCGGGCUGAAAAAUAGAAGGUUAGCUCAGUGUGUUUUAUUCUCUCGUGACAAAGAACAAAAAUCCAAGUCUUCCUCACUUCAAACAAAGUGUUUGUGGCUUAAAGAGGCAAAAACAAACCACAUUUUCAAACAUCUGUACAGAAAUCAUUCUCAGUCAUUAAGAGUUAUUCUUCUCUCCACAGUUUAUAAAAUAACUCUGAGUUUCCUCUCGCUCUGUGCAGCCUGAGCCACGAUCACUGAUUCAAGGUGCUGUGAGCAAAGAGCGGAAUAUCUUUCACGUUUGUGAUGUUUGACCAGCAGAGGACCAGAGCACAAAGCAACCAGCUCCACGGGAUCUUAUUUGUACUGUAAAUUAUCUACAAAGGCUUAAUGAUGUUAGCAUCUGAGGAAAAGCACAAAGCUGCUUCUGACUUGUUCUUCUCGCUUCGGUUGUCAACAAACAAAAGCCUGGACUGGCGAAGUUUCUCGACCUGGAGAACUUUUUUAAAGAAUGGAACCUUUUCUGACGGACUCCAUGUGUUUUACAAACUGAGAUUCCACAGUUUCCUAAACUUCACUAAUGUCUCUCGAUGCACAAAUAUGAGCAUGAAGACAAACAAGGACUCGACACAGACAAUGAAACACUCGAUGUAGCAACAGUUUUUAAUUUAACUCUGGAAUAGAAACGUCUGCUUUUGACAAUUUAUCUUAAUGAAUGUUUCCUUUUUGUUUUUCUUCAUAAGAUUGUGGUUGAAAAACGUAACUUUUUGGAUUUCGUUUCAUUGAUUGUAAAUUUAGAUUUUGAAUGAGAAGCAAGAAUUCAAAAAAAGGAAAGAAAAAAACCACCUUGUGUUUGUAGCAGGUUGUGUUUUUAUCUUUUUGAAGGCCUUUGUUUCCAAAGUGCUGGAUCGUGUUUCUCAGCUCCGUCCUAAACUAACUGAUCUGUGAUGAACUCAAAUCUUUAUUUAUUUGGAAAUAUGAACUGGAAACAAACAUCUCAAAUCUCCUUUUCAAUAAUACAGAUUCAAAAUUUAAAUAAUAUCCGUCGUUAUGUCCAAAUCUUCAAGGUUGUUGAUCAAAUCCAGAAAUCGAAUGGAAGCAACAAAAAAAGUCACUAAUACAAUUUCAUAAUUUUUAUUUAUGCAGCUUUGAAUUAGAAAAAUAUGUUUUUGUGUCCGUUAAAGCUGAACCAAAUUCAGAGCAACAUGUCGUCAGUAUUUGAAUAAAACUUCCAGUGCCUCCGCAGUGCUGCUCCCAUGUGUUUAUUUGAUGUGUUGACUUUGCUGUGUGUUGUUUGGAGGAUUUGUGCCCGUGUGCAUCGUGUGAUCCUUUCACCGCAGUGUUUGUUUGCCAUUGAACAAAGUCGAAGCUUUUUCUUAAAGUUUGCAAACUGAUUUCCUUCUCCUCUUGUUUUCUUCUUCAGAUUUGAUUCUGUAGUUUUGGUUUGCCUUCUUCUCGCCUGUUGUGUUACGAUUGUUCUGCGAGGAACAAAAAAGGGACAGACGGCCUUCUGUCAAACUCUUGAGCAAUGUAAUGAGAAGGGCUUGUGGCACUCUGUGGGAAUCGAACCCUAAACCUCUGGAACAGUAUUGAGCUCAUUGGGGCUGUUGAGUGUGUUGAACUUUCCUGUGGUCCCCCCAAUUCAAUAUAACUAUCUUUACUCUGUUACAGUUUCAGCUGUUUUUAUCAACAACAGUAGCAGCAUGUGAAUAAAUGAUCUAUGUUUCUAA